AUGACCAAGGCCAUAAGGGCAAUGGCAAGCUAUACAACCCCCCUUGUUGAAAUUGGGGAAGUCUCCCUUGAGCAGAUCACCUGCCUUCUCCUUGGCCUCCUUGGCCAAGUCAAGAACCUUGAGCAAAAGCUUGAAGAAGUCAAGGAAGUGGGAAUCAAGACCCAAACCAAUGUCAAAAACAUUUCCCAGACUGUUGAUGUUGUCAAGGAUGGGCUCAAAAGCCUCCAACUCCAUGGGCCAAGGACACCAGAAACAAAGCCCCCAGUUGUGGAAGCAACACCACGCCCCCUACCAAAGACCAAGCCUAUUGGAUUGGUUACCCCUGCCCCUCCUCCACCAGCUCCAAUUGCUGCAUAUCCAGCCCUGGUCAAAGUAGAUCAUCCAGAUGCCUAUACAGGCAAGAUUGGGAGUGAAGCCAAACAAUGGCUCACAAGGAUGCUAGCCUGGACCCACCUCAACUUGCGGAUGUUCCCAACCAAUCAAGAGGUUUUAUCAUUCCUCUUGAUGAACAUGAAAGACUCCGCCAGGGCCUGGGCCCACCCUCACCUUGAUCAGCUUGGAUCACACUGGGCCAUCAUUCAAACGGUUGAAGGCUUCAAACUGGAGUUUCUGGCAGCAUUCAGCAACCCUGACACCACAAGGGCUGCCAAGCAGAAAAUUACAACCCUCACCCAGUCCAGCACCUGCACAGACUAUAUUACUAAGUUCAGGACCCUAGCUAUGGAACUGGACUGGAAUGACGCAACCCUUAGAGGCCAGUUUGCCUGCAGCCUCCACUGGGAGCCUCUUAAGCUCACUGAACUUAACCUUCAUAAAACCCUACUCUAUAACAGUACACUCCUUGAGCUGCAAAACGCAGCCCUUGUCAUUGACAACAUGCUUCAAGAAGAGCGCACUAGCCAUCCACCAAAGGAUAGUAAGACUAGCAAGUCACCCAACCCUGCAAGGGGGACAAGUACCAGCCAACAGGCCACCCCUUCAAGGAAACUCUCCAACAACCCCAACUAUGUGUUGGAAGAGGAACAAAACCACUGUUGCACUGCUGGUGCCUGCAUCAAGUGCAGAAGAAUGGGUCACAAGUUUGCAGAAUGCUGCACCAGGUGGAAGGAAACUCCAAUCAAGGAAGGAGUGAAAAAAGAAGCUGCCAAGAUUGGCAAAGAGUCUGGACCCAUUUCAGGAAAAGACUAA